GCUAAAAUUAAACGGCUAACCCGCUCAACCUCCGACGGGUACCGUUUAGGGUUUUGGAUCGUAGAGGGGGGAAUAUAAAUAGCAAGCCCGCGUACCUCAUUUCUCACUUUCUCUUCUUCAUUUCGUCACUCUCGCCGCCGUCUCCUUACGGUGACUCUACGAUGUCUCAUGCACAGGUUGUGGAAGUCAUGUCACAAGAAAAAAUGGAAUUUGACGAUGAGGUAGAUCAAACCUAAUCACGGGUUGUGGAUGCAUGUGCUUCUAUGAUCCUUGCACUUGAUUUACCCUUUGAUUUUUUGGAGCACGAGGGAAUGAGGAGGUACACUGAGACUUUAAAUCGAAAUGCUGUUAUACCUCCUACAAAUGUUAUUGAGGCUUAUGUCACUCAUUUGUACAUGAAAGAGAAAUCUAAGCUUAAACAACAAUUGGCUACCAUUCCUAAUAGGGUAUCUUUAACUUUUGAUUUGUGGGAAUCUUGCACUACUAUGCCUUACAUUUGUCUGACCGCUCAUUUUGUUGACGCGAAUUGGAAGGUAAAUAGUAAGGUUCUCAAUUUCUGUAGUGUCUACCCUGACACUGGUGGUGAGAUGUGUGAAAGAAUGAUUGAAUUGUUGAAUGAUUGGGGAAUAGAGAAAAAGAUUUUUUCUCUUACUUUAGAUGAUUCAGUCGAGAAUAAUGUUCUACAAGAACAAUUGAAAUCUCAUCUUGGUUUGCAAAAUGGGUUGUUGUGUGAUGGAGAGUUCUUUCACGGGCACUGUUUUGCACGUGUUUUAAAUCUGAUUGUUGAAGACGGGUUGAAACUAGUUAGUGAUGCCGUGUCAAAAAUUAGAGAGAGCAUCAUGUUUGUGAGGCAUUCAAAGAGUAGAAGGGAGAAAUUUAAGGAAUGCAUUGAAAAGGUUGGUGGUGUCGAUAGUUCCGUUCGCUUGCAUCAGGACUCGUCUAUGAGUCUGAACUCAACUUAUUUGAUGCUUGAAAGUGCUCUUAAAUAUCGGCGUGUGUUUGAAAGUCUUCACUUGUAUGAGGAUAAUUAUGAGUUAUGUCCUUCGGUAGAAGAGUAGAAAAGAGUAGAAAAGAUCUGUGCAUUCUUGUUGCCUUUUUGUGAAACUGCUAACAUGAUUAAUGACACAACGCAUCCUACUUCCAAUUUGUAAUUUUUGCAAGUUUGGAAAGUCCAAUGUGUUCUAGUUGCUACUUUGGGAGAUGAAGAUGAAGUUAUAAAGAGAAUGGCUGAAAGGAUGAUGAGCAAGUUUGACAAAUUUUGGAAUGAGUACAGUGUUGUUCUUGCAUUGGGAGCGGUUCUUGACCCACGGAUUAAAUUUUCAACAUUGGCUUAUUGUUACUCAAAACUUGAUGCAUCAACCUGUGAAAGGAAGUUGCAACAAGUAAGGACGAAGUUGUACAUGCUAUUUGGCAAGUAUUCUAGCCAACGUACUUCUUCUGGCAUGCAAAGAACUGUUCAGGGCCAAUCUUCGACCAUGUCAUUGCAAAAGAACUCCAAGUCUUUAUCUCACGGUAUAUUUGGGGUAAGUUUAUUUUUUUGGAAUUAACCUCGUUGCUUUCCUUUUCACUUGUGAAAUGUAAUAGGAAUUGAAAAUGCACCAUCAACAACUUGUUACUGGAAAGUCUCAACUUGAUGUUUACUUGGAUGAAUCAAGUUUGGAUUUUCGUUGUUAUGAAGACAUGGAUGUAUUAGAAUGGUGGAAGAGUAAUUAUAAUUGAUUUCCAGAUCUAUCAAUUUUGGCUUGUGACUUGUUAAGUGUUCCCAUUGCCACUGUCGCAUCUGAUUUGGAAUUUUGCAUGGGUGCACGCGUAUUUGAAAAGUAUAAAGACCUUAUGCUGCCUAUGAAUGUGGAAGCCAGAAUCUGUACUUGCAGUUGGUUGUACAAUUUUGUCAGCAAUGAUGAAGAGGAUGACGAUGAUGACUUUGAAGAAACUAUGAACGAAAUUGACGGCGAUGAAAAAAUGGAGCAUGCGUAUUUUGACGAUGAUUGUGAUGGUGGUGAUGAUUGAUUUGCUUGUAUUUAUUUAACUUUAGUUUAUGAUGAUUUUUUGGCUUUAUGGUUUAGAUUAAAACUAUGUAUGGCUGCUUGGUUAUGGUUUACGCACUUACUGGUGGACUUA